CUCAGAUUGAAGGUGCAGCAGAGCAUAAAAGCGGCUGCAGGUUGAGCUGAAUCAGGAGAUCCUCUGGAACCAGAACUUUCAGAGGAUUUCUGAAUGUACGGCCAGAACCAAGGGAACCAGUACCCAGGAGGUAACCCUGCUUUUCCUCCACCAAUGUCAAACUGCCCUGCUGCACCUGGACAUCCAGGACACCCUGGACAUCCACACGGUCCAGGACAUGGUCAUGGACACGGACCUGGACACGGACCUGGACACGGCCAGGGUCAGUGCCAUGGACAUGGACACAAAGACAAGAAAAAACAGAAGCACAAGGACAAGGACAAGCACAAGCACAAGCACAAGCAAGGCCACAAACACGGCCACUGCCACAAGAAAGGGAAGGACAGCCACGGGGCGUCCAGCAGCUCCUGCAGCAGCAGCAGCAGCAGCAGCAGCAGCGACUCCGACUGAAUGAACAACCAUCAGUUCUUGGAGUCCUUCUGAUUUUAAUCUCAGUUGUUUUAAAUUUUACAGUAGACGCACAAUUAAACCCACAAACACCAAUAAUCGGUCAGAAAAUCUGCACAUCAGAACUUGUCAGCCUUUAUCGUGUGGAGAAUAUGAUGUUAGUCCUGAUGGAUUUUGUUUUCUGAGUGGAAAAAGUGAUUGCAGCAUGUGAUAAAUGUGAAAGCACAAACCA